AUGGCUGGAUAUGUGGUCACGAAUGACGAUACGACCGGUAAUCGACAGUGGAUCUUGAAGAGCAGCAAAGAAUGCGGGUACGCCACUUCAGACAAUAUCACCUCUUGUGAACCUACGAGAGCCUGUAGUUGCCAGAGAGAAGCACAACUGAUAACCAAAGGUAUCAUUGGUGCCAGCGAAGAGUUUGAGAUCAAGCCCAAUGGCACGAACCCGCUCAGGUUGGCCACAGUCUGCACCGAGGUCGGAUUGUUUGUUUAUUUUGACCGUGCCCAUGCCCAUGCCCUCUUCUUCCCCUCAUCUGUCCCCACUUCAUUCCACUUGUUGCCACCACCAAUGCUGCUGUCGUCUCUCUUCCUUGCCCUCCCCCUCGUGGCCGCCGCCCCGGUUGCCACCAGCAGUGCCGCGGCCGCUGCGACUUCCGUCCCCCACAAUGUCCAACUCGAACCCUAUGAGGUGUAUUCCUACGCCUUGAGCCGCAUGGAGCCCCUCCUCGCCACUUCGUACAACGACUCGCUCAAGCUGGCGCAGAACAGCAUCACCUUCCCGUCCAACACUACGUACUGGGUGGAGACGUACGUCAACUGGUUCGAGCUCAAGGACACCUUGUCGACGGACCAACAGGGCCAGAUGUUCCUUGCCAUGUCUGGCUUCCAGGACGGCAAGUACCAGAUGCUGAACGCGUCGGGUGGAAUCAUCCCCGUGGCCACCAAGGCCAGCAGCAAGUUUUCGUACGGCUCCAAUGUCCUCAACAACUCUGGACCGGGCUUCCAGCUGUGGCUUUCGAAUGCGACGUGUGUCAUCAACACGACGCUGGCCAUUGACAAAUGCCUGUACGCCGUAAGCGAGCAGUUUGAGUACAAGCCCAUGAACUCGUCGCCGCUCAAGCAGGACAGUGGGGCUGUCACCACUGCUCAGGCCAGUGCUGCUGCGGGCGUAGUCCUUGCCAUGGGCCUUGCGCUGGGCAUGGUCAUGUAG